AUUCUCAUUUGUUGGUGUUGGUAUAAUCUCUUCAGUCUCCUCUUAGCACUAAAACUCUAGCGGGAGCCGCAUAAACUGUUGUGGGCCCCUGCUGUUUGGCUGAUUUUUAAAAGUUUAUAUUUCCAUUAAUUCCUGGUUUCUCCUUCCCUUCUCGUCUCUCGCUCUCCCUUUACAAUUUGACCUCUCCCUUUUGUUUUUUCUUUCUGUUUGUUGUCUGGGGAUUCUGCUUCUUGGAAAGUUAACUGAUUUCGUUCUACUUUGGAGUUAUCGAUACUUUGAUAACUUCUGCUUUGCUCUUCUCUGUAUCUGGUUAUCGUCCCAAGAACCUGUAAGGUGUAUUGCCAGCUUGGAGUGAGCACUCUCCCUUCUCAUCACCCAAAGAAAGUGGGUAAAGUUCAAAGCCUGCCUAUUUCACAGGUGUAUUAUGUUCAAUAUGGAUUUGAAUUGUAAAGGAAUAACCUGGGUUGGGAACAUAUACCAGAGGGUUGAAGCUAUAUGCAUGGAGGUCGAAGGUAUUAUAACUCAGGAAGCAUUACAAUUUGUGGAAGAUCAGGUCGAAUCUGUUGGAGUAAGUGUUAAAAAAUUUUGUGCAGAAGUAAUGCAAGAUUUACACCCUCCAUCAACUGAAGAUCCUGUGAAAGGUGGAAAUGACUUAGAUAUGAAACAAAAUGCUGAUGAUGAGAUCCAUAGCAAGUCAAAAGAAGAUAGUUUGAAGGACCCUAUAAGGGAGAAACAAUCUGUGCUCAAGGAGUUGAUGACCCUUAAGAAGUUAGAUGAUGUUAGUUUAGAAGAUCCCAAAAUGGAGAGGCAAUCUGCCCCUAAGGAGGAGUCGGUGGUAGUUGCUCUUGAGGGGAAAGGUUUGAGUCAUACAUCAUUGUUUGAUGGAAACUGUGAUGUAAAUCCUUUGCCCCCUCAAUCCUCUGUGGAUCCCAUCAAAAGAGCAGAUGCUGGUUGGUCGUUUGAACAGGGUAAUAAUGAUGACGUUGCCAUGUGCAAGAAGUCAAGCAUUGGUAUCAUUGAAAAUCCUGUAAAGGAGUCACAGUCCGAGGUGAUUGCUUCCUUAGGAGAUCUGAGUGGAAUGUCGCUAUUUAGUAGAGUUGCCAAUGAAAACCACGAGAAGGCAUGUGGUAUGCUCACCGAACCAUCUUCAGUUGAAAUUGCACGACAUAAUUCUGCCUCAAAAGCAAUUCAUAUUGAUUCUUCAGAUGUGACUUGGCAUUGUCCUGAUAUUUCAAAUGCUCCAUCUUCUGAUUUGAGUUUUCCAGUUAUCUCCUGUCAGAAGGACUUGGCAGACAUUGUACCAAUCCCUUCCAGAAGGAUUCUACUUGUGGAAUCAAAUGGGAAUUCGGGUGGCCAAAGUGUGGAUGUGGCAGAGGAAAAUUCUGUUACUGACCCAGGCACAGAGAUGGACACAGCAUUUGAUAAUAGAAGGCUUGACGAAAGUUGUGUAGUGGUGGAUAGCAAUGAAAUUUGCUUUGUUUCUCCGAGAGCCAGCAAGCACAGAUCAUACAAGAAAAAAAUCUGUGAUGCCUUUGCUUCAAAGAUGAGGUCAGGGAAGAAGAAGGAAUAUGAGCAGCUGGCUAUCUGUUACGAAGACCAUACACCAACCAACCAACAAAGAGCAGAAUGUUCUACACUAUCCAAUCUCACCAGGGACUUGGAUUUAAAAACUUUGCCAUCCACCGAUUUAUGUGAUUCUGAGUGGGAACUUCUGUAGAUAAUGAGAAGUACUAUGUGAAUAACGAUGCAACACUACUGGUUCUCUGACCUGGUCAAGGUGGGGAUGUUGCUAUUUCUACAUCAAUAAUUGCGGCUAUGGUGCUGUCUUUAAAUAUAAAUAUAUAAAACUCAAAAUGAGGUAGGCAGAGGAGUGAAAACUCAUUGGUGAUGGAUUAGAAAAGGUCUUCCAUGAAAUGAUUACCUGUCCUUUGAGGUAACCACCUUAUGAAAUACUCAUUCAGAACGCACGAUGUUGUAUUUAUGUUUCACUUUUUUCUGAUUAUGAAAGUUGAUCAUGAGCUUUAUCCUCAAGUGAUACUUGCACUUGUUGUCCUAAGCAUUUUCUGCUGGUGGUAUUCUUGUUGUUGGGUGAAAUUCCGUUUACUUUUCUCUUUCUUGGGGGAUUAAGUUGCUGAAAUCUUCCUUGUUUUCUUGUCAUCUUGGGCGAUUGACCAAAUGUUUACAAUGCCACAUGGCUGUUUGACCUCAUUGAUCAAGGUCUUGACGGUUCAGAGGCUGAUCCUCCAUCUGGUUGUAUUGCUGGAGCUUAUUUCAAAUCUUGAUCUCCGUUGUGGUUAACACUUAACAGUUAGACCCAUUAAACAUUUUUCCCUCCAUUUGGGUUUUCAGGUA